AUGGUUGCCACUAAAAUAAACAACAGUGAUUAUGAUUUUACCGAUAUAUUUCCCACAUGCAAACAAGAGUAUGACGAAGCUAAAAAUAGCUGUAGUUUCGUUUCUUUUAACAAUCCUUUUGGUCCUGUGUGCAGUGUUAUGGGACAAUCACUUGGAAUUACAGAUUAUACAUUUCCGUGGACUUGUCAAGAACUUAGUUGUUAUUUAAAUAAUAUUAAAAGUAAAAAGGUCGAUAGUAUAGAAAGAAACUGUAAAUAUUUCAACUACAUGUUAAAAUAUGUAUUAGUUAAUUAUACUCCUACUUGCGAGGAAGAAAAAAGUUGUUACAAUAAAAUGAUAACUUUAUACGAGGCAUAUGAUAAAUAUGAAUUUGAUAAAUGUAAAACAUAUGUUGAUAAUCUUGAUCAUGAUACAUUUUCUAAAUUUCAAAACCUAUAUUGGCUAUAUAAUAAUCUAAAAAAUUUUGAAAUUGAUAGUCAUAAAUGCCCCAAGGAUAGAACAUACUUUAAAAAAUAUAUGAAAUUUUAUGAAAUUUGUCAAGCAAAUAAUAAUUCUAGUUAUUGUGAUGUACUCAGAAAAUUUAAAGUAGAUAAUAUGAAAAGUACAAAAGAUGAAAAUGCAUGCUCUGUAAAUACAAAAAUAUUACAUCAAGCUGACAGGAGAGAUAUUCGUAAGUAUAUACCUUAUGGUUCAUAUGUAAAACCGCGCAUACUAAAGUUAAUGAAUAUAUGGAAUGGAAAAAAUAAUGAACUACCUAUUUUAAUUGAUUCAUCUGAAGAAAAAUACAAAAAUUUAACUGAUAUAAAUUAUCUAAUAUCAUAUAAAUCCUUAGACUACUAA